CCGGAUGAAGCUGCCAUUGGGGCAAAUGAGCAGGGCCACCAAGGCUGGUAGGAUUUUAAUUUAUUGGUGAGAGGGGUCGGAGUGGAUUGAAGCCCCGCUGGAUUAAUGUCGACAGCACAGCUCGAAGUGCCAGCAGGGCUACGACGAGCAAACUGUCAGCACCAAGCGGAGCCAGUGGCUAACGGGUGCCGCUAACUGGGAAACUGUUAGCAAAGUAACGCGGAGCAGGGACACAGCAGCUCCUCUACAUAUUAUUAGCUUCUCCAGGAGCACAGCAGAGUUUUUGCAGCUCACACACACACACACAUACAUAUACUGCGUCGUGUCAGAGCUUUAAUCUAACACAACACCUGCUGGAUGAAUGAUGUCUGCAACGAGUAUCGACCCACAGACAUCCAAAGGACAAGAUGCAAGUAAAGCCUUUCCAGUCUCGGUGCAGAAUGGCUCACUCCACCAGAAGGAUACAAUCCAUGACAAUGACUUUGAGCCUUAUCUCACUGGCCAGUCUAAUCAGAGUAACAGCUAUCAGUCCAUGACGGACCCUUAUCUGUCCAGCUACUAUGCUCCCUCCAUUGGCUUUCCCUACCCUCUCAAUGAGGCCCCGUGGUCUACAGGAGGUGAUCCACCAAUCCCCUACCUGACACCCUAUGCCCCUCUCAGCAACGGAGACCAUCACUUCAUGCAUGACACAGUUUUUGGGCAGCCCGGUGGGCUCAGCAGUAGCAUCUAUCCUCACAGGUUUAACUUUUUCCCAGAGAACCCGGCGUUCUCCGCCUGGGGAACCAGUGGUUCUCAGGGUCAGCAGACUCAGAGCUCAGCCUAUGGGGGGAGCUACAGCUACCCACCUAGCUCUCUAGGAGGCACCCUGGUCCCUGAUGGCCAGACUGGUUUCCAUAGUGACACACUGAGCAAGGCGCCAGGUAUGAACAGUCUAGAGCAGGGCAUGCUGGGCCUAAAAAUAGGUGGGGAUGUGACAGGAAGUGGAUCAGGAGUAAAGGGUGCAGGUUCUGUGAUUGGUGGUAGUGGCAGUGUAGCUGCAGCUGUUGCUACAGGCAACGGCGGCACACCAAUAGGGAUGCCCCCUCCCAAACCUACAUCAUGGGCUGCUAUUGCUAGUAAACCUGCCAAACUGCAGCAACAAAAAGCCAAGACUAAACCUGGGACACCCAUCAUUGGAGGAGUUCUGCCCCCUCCUCCCAUCAAACACAACAUGGACAUCGAUACAUGGGAUAAUAAAGGGACUGCUACCAAGGUGGCCGCUCCUCUGCCCCCCCACCACCACCAUCAACAGCACCAGCCGCUUCAUUCUCAUGCUCCCAGUCUCAUACCUCCCCUCCAGCAGUCCCUCCAGUCUGCCCAGUCCCUGGUGCAGCAGAUGACCAUGCAGGGUCCGCCUCCUCCUCCACAGUCUUAUCAGAACCACAACUCUGCUCCACCGCCGCAGACCCGCUGGGUGGCGCCACGCAAUCGCAACUUGUGCUAUGGUGGUGGAAGCUUGGACAGCAGCGGCUCCUCUAACGGUGGUAGUAUUGGCAACGGAGGGGGAGGAGGGAUGCCUCCAGGAUCGGAGCUGGGAGCAGAGUCCCACCCAGUGCUGGAGAAGCUGCGAGCUUCCCACAGCUACAACCCCAAGGAGUUUGACUGGAACCUGAAGAACGGCCGUGUGUUUAUCAUCAAGAGCUACUCUGAGGACGACAUCCACCGCUCCAUCAAAUACUCUAUCUGGUGCAGCACGGAGCACGGCAACAAGCGCUUGGACUCAGCCUACAGAGCCAUGAACUCUAAAGGGCCCGUCUACUUGUUGUUCAGUGUCAACGGCAGUGGUCACUUCUGUGGCGUGGCAGAGAUGCGGUCACCAGUGGACUAUGGCACCAGUGCUGGCGUUUGGGCGCAGGACAAGUGGAAGGGAAAGUUUGACGUGAACUGGUUGUUUGUUAAGGAUGUGCCUAAUAGCCAACUGCGCCACAUUCGCCUGGAGAACAAUGACAACAAGCCAGUCACCAACUCACGCGACACUCAGGAGGUUCCUCUGGAAAAGGCAAAGCAGGUGCUCAAGAUUAUUGCCCAGUACAAACACACCACCUCCAUCUUUGAUGAUUUUUCCCACUACGAGAAGAAGCAGGAGGAGGAAGAAGUGGUGAAAAAGAGCUAUGAACCUGCCUCAAUACAAAGCCGAUCACGAAUUGAUCAGGAUCGCCAGAAGUGAACGAUAGAAGACUGCCACUGGCCACUCGAUUAACAGUUUGUGCAUUGAUGGACAUAUUGAUCCAUAGAUUUAAAAAGAAAAUACAAGGACAUAAAGAAAUCGACAACUAAUAUUUUUUUUCCUAUUUAAUUUUAGUGACUUUGGCCCAUGUCAAACUUUGAGCCACAUUGCUCCCAGUCUUUAAGAUGCGUGCAGGGAUGAAGCUAGUUCCACCGGUUGAAUCGCUUCAGAAAUAUAUUUUCUUGAGUUUUCUGUAUUUUUUAGCCUUAUAAAUCUCUAUUGCUACCCCAGAAGUUGCAUUCUUAACUAAUAAUAAGUAACAAAUAUCUGCACGUCUGUUUUAAAUCUUUGACAACAUGCUGCUGAUAUUCAGUGACUGUUCACUUUGUGGUUUGUGUGUUGGAGAAAUGUUAAGUGCUUGUAUUGGUUAAUCUUAAGAGUGAACAACACUUUAUUGACAAAAUGUCUGCUAUCUGUGUUUGGCAAGUUGUAUUUUAUAUUAUCAGAAGAAAAAAGAAGUUCUAUUGCACCCGUUUUUCAUGUAAGGGUGUCUUAAUUUGGUGGAGGAAUGUGUUCACUGAAAGUUUCUGUAUGCAUAGACUUAAUUGUGCAAGGUUGUGACAUUAGGAAGUAUAAAUGUUAGACAAAUAUUUUCAAUAUUGUAUCACCUGGCUAUCAGUUGAUUUCAACGGUGACAUUAAGGUGGGAAUAUGUGACUUUUUUUUUUUUUUUCCUCCUGAGCGGAGCCUUAAUGUUUCUUUUCUGCGGUAGUAUAAAUGAUUUUUUUUCAGUACUGUACCUCAAAUUUAUCAGCAAGAGAUUCAGGGAAAAUAUGAAUGGAGAUCAAACGCUCUUAAAGGUGGUCCCUCUCUUUCUUAUUUACAAGAUGGAAAUAAUCUAAUUGAAUGUGUUCAGGUUUAUAUUGGUUAAGAUUUGCUUUCUGUCUAUUUCCCUGUUGGUCGUAGAGUAACUUUUAGUUCCCUCUAUUCCCUGCCGAUCCAACAGGGGUCCCUGUUUAUUACCUUCUGAAGACAAUGUAGCAUGUAGUGCUUUGAAAAAUCAAGCCAGGCCUGUCACUUUUGUUUUUUGUUUUUUUUGUUACUUUCUUGUUCUUUAACAUUAUUAUAAUCUUGACAUUUUCAUUGGUAUAACCUGUCUUCAUCAUCCUCAGAAAUGUAAGCUUUAAUGUACUGGCAUUUCUAACUGAGAUCGCCUCAAAUGUUUAACUGUAGCAUUAUACUUACUGAUUUAUUGUCAAGUGUAUGAAAACCCACAGACUAGGCUAUAUGGUAUAUGUUUGUGACUUCUUUUUUUUUUUUAAUUGCUUGCUGUAUUGUGCGUAAGUGUGUAUGCAAGGGCAAAAGAAAAGAGAGGGAGUAUGAUUGUGGAGCAAUCAGAGUUAUAUAAAGGUAUUGGAAUAUAGAACAUUUAUGCAAAAAAGUUUUAAGUCACCCCUGAAUUGUAUCUUCAUUGUACCAGAGGUCACUAUCUGAUUCUUAGAUUUGAUCAUGUUCAUUAUUAAAGAUAUACUUAUCUGUUG